ACGUUCUGCAUAUCAUCAUGGUUGUCAGUGCAUCUGCAUCUGUGCCCGGGACAGGAGCCGUCAAGCGGCCGGCUUCCUCUCUGCACGAUGAUUACACUGGAUGGGAAACGGCUCCUGUAAGUCAGACAAAGCCAAGUCCGUAUGAGCUAAUCACUGACUGGACAGUCUGUGGAUGUGCCCUUGCGCACAUCAUUCAACCUCCCUUACACCCAUUAUGCGAUGAUCUACCUCGACAACCUUGGAAGACUCAAGGUUCAAGAGUCUUCAUCAAUCCGGGAAACAAACGGAACAGUCUUCUCUCCUGAUGUACAGGACAAGUUUUUGGAGAUACUUGGAGCAAAGAUCGGAUAUCGCCGGCCAACCGUCCGCAGUACGUAUAGCAGUCACAUCCUGGGUAUCAUGUGCACUUUGACUGAUCACUCCGAGUCGCAGGGUUCUCCGGCAUGAGUGCGUCAGUUUAUGGCUACCCACGCCCUGACGACUAUUCUCAUCACAUGAAGCGACGCAAGACCUCCUUCCAAGAGCAAGCUCUUGAACCACCCUUCCCCGAACCAGUGGAGGAAUUACCUGUCUCUACAAACAUGGUAGGCAUCGAAAUCGGGGAUACUGAGAAAAUCCUCGAGUACUAUGAGAACGCCUUGAAGCAUUUCCAGCAGCUUAACUGCCGCCAGAUCGCCAAAGCCUUCAUUAAGUUCAUCGAGCCCCGCAAGCAAGUAAAGCACCCUUACAAUGGAGGCAAGCCCCGAGCGGGAGCCGCCUCGGGUGAGAAGGGAGACCCGGAGAAGACUAAGCCUGAGUGGUGGCCGGCGGGAGUGGUUCACAAGGAGCCCGAUCACCUCAGGAAAGAACAACGUAUUCGACUUUUAAUUCAUAUCGUGCGGAAACUCGGAAAGUUUGGAAUCACCCCCGACAAGCUGCAAGAGGUCGCACAUGACUCUAAGAGACAGCUGAGGCCAACCUCGAAAAUCGAGGUCCUAGACGAGGUCUUCAAGGUGCGGAGAAUGGAAGAGAGAUACGAGAGAGGUGAAGUUGAUGCCAACAAUCUGGUUUAUGUUCAGAACAGGGAUGCCAACGCUAAGGGUGAUAAAGAUUCAGACACCAUUAGUGAACCGGAGCAAAAAUUAGAACCCGAAGAUCUAGAGGAAGCCGAUGAUGAGUUCUUGACACCGCCGUCAUCAGCCGAGCAAGCUUCAUUUACAUCCACAGUAGACAUGACUAUGGGUGGACACGGCCGCCCCAUGCAUAUGGGCACUGAUAGGGGCCAGUUGUUCCCAUUGCCUGAAUCACUAAGCUUUGGAGAACAGCCUGGGCAGGAGCGUCCGUAUUACGGCAACUCUGAGUACCCCGAGGACUACGCGCAUCCUAUUCUGAAGACCCCUGCAACACCGGCACUCGUCACGCCAAACGAACAGUCCGGCGCAUUCGAUUACUUACAGGCUCCAUUUUCGGCUUCGACGACAGGGGAACCGAUGGUUUCUCACCAGCGCCCGACUGCCUUGCCCAUGCAGCCAUCUGUCAGUCAGUUUGAGGCCUGGACUCCCUCAUACCGACAAAACAUCUUCAACCCUAUGGAAUAUGGCUCUGCACACGGCCAGGGCAUUCCUCAACAUAUGGCUUAUCAGAUGCCGCUGACGGCCAACCCCCACACGGCAGAGCUGGCCCAUACUCCUCAUGGUUUACCCAAAGGCAGUCCCUUCCGCACUGGAUCCUUAAGUCACCCUCAUAUGGUACCUCACCAUGCAUAAAUCUUUCUGUCGCAACUUGUAUCGAGGCAGUAAAAUUGCGACAUCAGUCUAAGCUCGAAUGACACGCACGAUUUGUAUGAACCUUCAAUAGACCUCCGCUUGGCGAUCUCACGCAACCCUCUUCAGACAAGUUUGUCACCCAGUA